UGUUAUUUCCCGCGAAACCACCGCACGUCCUGGGGGCUUGCACGGGCAGCAGUGUUCUCUUUAUACAUUGUGUGGACCUCACUUGAUCACCAUGGGAAUACAUGGGCUCGCCAAGCUGAUUGCUGACCAUGCACCCGGAGCCAUCAAGGAGCAAGACAUCAAGAACUACUUUGGGAGGAAAAUCGCUAUUGAUGCAUCAAUGUGUAUCUACCAGUUCCUGAUUGCUGUGCGACAGGAUGGCAAUGUGCUGCAGAACGAAGAUGGGGAAACAACUAGUCAUCUGAUGGGAACAUUUUACCGGACAAUCCGCUUGCUGGACCACGGGAUUAAGCCUGUGUAUGUGUUUGAUGGCAAACCGCCACAGCUGAAGUCAGCAGAGCUGGAGAAGAGAGGGGAGAGAAGAGCAGAGGCAGAGAAGUUGCUGGCACAAGCUCAGGAAAUGGGCGAACAGGAGAACAUUGACAAGUUCAGCAAGCGCUUGGUGAAGGUCACCAGGCAGCACAAUGACGAGUGCAAGAAGCUUCUGACCCUGAUGGGGGUGCCGUAUAUUGAGGCUCCCUGCGAGGCUGAGGCCAGCUGUGCUGCUCUGGUUAAGUCGGGCAAAGUGUUUGGUACUGCGACGGAGGACAUGGACGGGCUGACCUUCGGCACAAACGUCCUGCUCAGACACUUGACCGCCAGUGAAGCCAAGAAACUACCUAUUCAAGAGUUCACUUUCAACAGGAUCCUGCAGGAUAUCAACCUCACCAAGGAGCAGUUCAUUGAUCUGUGUAUUCUGCUGGGAUGUGAUUACUGCGGCACCAUCAAGGGGAUCGGACCCAAGCGGGCCAUCGACCUGAUCCGACAGCACGGUUGCAUCGAAGAGAUCCUGGAGAACAUUGACCUCAAUAAGCAUCCUGUUCCAGAGGACUGGUUGUACAAGGAAGCUAGAGCUUUGUUUCUGGAUCCAGAAGUUGUUGACUGUUCAACAGUUGACCUGAAGUGGAAUGAGCCUGAUGAGGAAGGACUUGUCCAGUUCAUGUGCAGUGAGAAGCAGUUCAGCGAGGACAGGAUCCGAAAUGGCUGCAAAAAAAUAGUUAAAAGCCGACAAGGAAGCACUCAGGGACGUUUGGACUCCUUCUUCACUGUAACUGGAUCUCUGUCGUCCAAACGGAAGGAGCCUGAAGCAAAAGGAUCUGCCAAAAAGAAGCAGAAGACUGGAGCGACGCCUGGCAAAUUCAAAAAGGGCAAAUAGAGUUUACAAGUAAAAGUUGUCAGAUAAAAGCUCAUCCCUAAAAGUAGCCUCAUCAAUUGAGCUGUGAUAAGCAACGCAUGUUCAAGAUACCUUUGCUCUGACUGACUGUUUUGGACCAAUGGUGUCAGACUUACAUGUUUUUUUGUGUAACAGUAAAUAAAAAA